CGUCAAAUAAACGUCAAUCAAUUUUGUGGUAUCACUCACUUGUGUUAUCACUGAAUGUUAAAUUAAACUCAAAUAGUUUAAAAUACAGUUGUUUUAAUAAUACUUAGUAACAAUGGGAUCUUCAGUGCAUAAAUUAAUUGUUACCGUAGGAUUUCUGUCACUAUUCCACUCAGCAUUUUCAGCAGCACAGCAUCGAUCGUACCUCCGAAUUACCGCACAAGAAUUUACCACUUUACCUUUAGAUAUUGUGGUACAGGCGGUGGUUAGUUUAUUUGCCGUUAUGUGGGGAGUCCUCAACGUUGCUGGUAAUCUACGAGAGAUACCAGCUGCCGCUGAGCUGAAUACAGUGAAAUGGGAGACACAGAGAAACCUUCCUUCUUUCUACAUCUUCAACCAUAGAGGAAAAGCUUUGGCUGACAAUUACAUUCCCAGUGGUAGCAAAUGUGAACUAGAAAAUGUUGAAUAGUGAAUUACAACAGAUUUAGUGUAAUUAUAUUAUUUAUUUUUAAGAGAAGUUAUCAUUAUGUUAUUGGAUGAAGUUUAUUUAUUUGGUAUUGGACAUUCUCUUAUUCAUAGUGUCAUAUUCUCAGUGAUAGUAUAUACACUAUUAAAGCAGAUUAAUUCAACACUAACAUGAUUUCUUUAAAAAUGUAUGUUACAAUUUAAGAUGAGAACAGAUCAGGAACAAGAACUUUUAGCAAUACUUUUUAUUUACAGUGGGCAUAUGAGUAAAUAAAACAAUUCUAUCUUACAA